AGAGGUGUGGUAAAGCACAGAGAGGUGUGGUAAAGCACACAGAGGUGUGGUAAAGCCUAUUUUAAAUCACGACAAACCAGGGUAAUCUCUGGUAAGGGAAUAGCAGUAUUGCAUAGUGCGUUGUAUUUGUUGUCUGUCACCCUUGUCCUUUGAGCAGAAAACGGCAGCGCUGGUUGGAGCUGGUGUGGAGGCCUAAAGCGAGUCAACAUUGAAAAUAACAAGGUUAACCUGAAAGAUAACAGGAUCAUGGCACAACGUGUUAUUUACAUUUACCUCAGCUAACAAUAACGUUCCCUCAUAAAGCAGAUCACGGCAAAUGUGCACGAUUAAUUCGAUUACUUAAACCAGCCCGGGUUCUGUUGUUUAUUACAAUGUUAUUAAUUUCGAUUUGUGUAAGAAUACAUUUUACUGCAUGUCAGUGAUUAAUUAUUCAAUGAGAAUGACAAGCAAAGAAAUCGACGGAGGAGCGUCACCUGUCAAGCACGAUGUCAUGGUAACCGGGGAGUUCUCUGUUUAUAAUCAAAAUUGACCCCUUGAGACAUGCCUGCAAAGUGGAACGACCGCAUAAGCGCGGGGGCUGCUAUCGAUUUUGUGCUGGUAUGGGAGGAGAGCUUGGAGGAACAAGAGCCCAAGGACAGUCUGAUCCCCAGAGAAGAGCAAACAAAUAAGAAGGCGCUGUGCAAGGAGAAGUGGAGAAAGACGUUCCUGUGUAAUCUCUGCAGGGCUGGCUUGAGGACGGAGGAGGAAGUCACUACGAGUGCUAAGGAGAAGAUCCAUUACUUUAAAAUCAACGCCCCCUUCGAGGUCCUGGGUUUCUACGCUGAAGAGCUCAGAAUGCUGUGCCCUCUUAAGGUCUGUCCUCGCGUCUACGAGCCCACCACUCUGAAACUGCUGAGGAAGCUCAGGCUCCCGAACCCCUUCUACGAGAACGUGCCCAACCAUCCCCCAAACUUCUACAUGUGCCCCUUCAGUCGGGCCAAGUUCAAGAGGUUUCACGGCAGUAAAAAUCCUGAGACUUUCUUCAGCACCACACAGAGGCAGAGAAUCGUGUACGAGGUGUUAUGCAGAACUCCCUAUGGGAAAGGGAGGAGUGACCAGAUUGGAAUAAACAAAUUGCUGGACAGAUUGGUGUUCUCAGCUGCCUAUCCCCUUCACGAUCAUCCCGACGUGCUGCCAGACCUCACUGUCCCACCAGAGGAGCUGAACAGCAGGCAGAUCCUGGGUCGCUACUGGGCAAACUGGUGGAGGUGGUACAAGUACCAGCCCGUGGAGCACAUCCGACACUACUUCGGAGAGAGGGUGACUUUCUACUUUGUGUGGCUAGGUUUUUACACCUCCUGGCUGGUACCUGCUUCCCUGGCGGGGGUCCUGGUCUUCGUUUACGGAGCACUUACCCUCUCCAGUGACGUCCCAGUGGCUGAGCUGUGUGAGAGCGGGGACACCUUUAAGAUGUGCCCCCUUUGUGACAGCUGCAAGAUCUGGAACCUGUCCAUCGCUUGUAACCUGACUAAGCUGAGCUACCUGUCUGACCACCCAGGCACUGUGCUGUACAGCGUCUUCAUCUCCUUCUGGGCAGUGCUGUUCCUGGAGGCCUGGAAGAGGAAGAGCAGGUCCUUGUGUUAUCACUGGGACAGCACCAGCAUGGGCUACGAGGAGGAGCCUGUGCUCCCCGAAUAUGCAGCAAAGGCGCCCCGGACCGGCUGGCAUGAACCCUACCUCCCACUCAAGACUCGAUUCCCGCGAAUCUUCACAGUCUAUUCCGUCAUCGCAAUGAUGCUGACUGUGGUCCUCAUCUAUCUCGUAGCCAUCAUCAUAUAUCGCAGCGUUGUCACCAUCGUUCUGUUCCGGUCUGAAAUCACAGUGCUGAAAACACAGGCCACUAUGAUCGCUGGAACGAGCGGAGCUAUGGUGCAACUCAUCCUUAUUGUUAUCAUGGAGCGGGUCUACACAGAGCUGGCAAUGCAGCUCACACACUGGGAGACGCCCCGCACCCAGUCCCAGUAUGAAGACUCCUUCUCUUUCAAAGUCUUCGUGUUUCAGGUGGUCAACCUCUACUCGUCCUCUGUCUACGUGGCUUUCUUCAAAGGCAGGUUCAUAGGCUACCCUGGGCAUUACGGACACCUCAUGCAGGUCCGAAACGAAGAGUGCGGCCCAGGAGGGUGUCUGGUGGAACUGACCCAGCAGCUGAUAGUCAUCAUGAUCGGGAGACAGAUUCUGAGUAACAUCACUGAGCUGGCUGUCCCGAAGCUCCAUUCCUACCUGCUGAGACGGAGGACCGGGCUGACUGACCACAGUCGGGAGCAGCCCUGGGAGCAGGACUUCAAGAGGGACCGGUUCGAUGGGCUGCUGCCAGAGUACCUGGAGAUGGUGCUGCAGUUCGGCUUCAUCACGAUCUUUGUGGCAGCCUUCCCUCUCGCCCCUCUCUUCGCUCUGAUCAAUAACUGGAUGGAGAUCCGGCUGGACGCGCGCAAGCUGCUGCUGGAAGUGCGGAGGCCCGUCGCGGAGAAGGCUCACAACAUCGGAGUGUGGUUCAGCAUCCUGGAGGUGCUGACCAAGCUGUCCGUCAUCAGCAACGCAGUCCUGAUAACAUUCAGCUCUGAGUUCCUCCCACGCAUGCUCUACAAGAUUAACCACGAUGGGGACCUGAGAGGCUACGUCAACUUCUCUCUGGCAUACGCUCCCCUGGAGUACACGGACACCCACAACAGCACCGCGUGCAGGUACCGGGCGUUCCUCAGCGCCUCUGGGGAGAGUACGCUGUUCUCAUGGAGGCUCCAGGCCAUGCGUCUGGGUUUCAUGGUCAUAUUUGAGCAUGUGGUCCUGACAGUUCACUGUCUGCUUGACUGGCUGGUGCCGGAUGUCCCGCUGUCUGUAGAGAUGCGCUUGAAGCAGGAGCAGCACAUCAGCAGGAGCCUGCAGGGGGAGGAGCCUCUACUGCCCACACAGAGACAGGAUGAGAGGAGUGUCUCGUCCAGCUCUGAGACGGAAGUGUAGGGCUGGCCUGUCUGCCGCUCCCCUUGCAGCCUGCAUGAAAGAAGCUCCCUGCCUCAGAGCUUGUGCUAUGAUCAAGUCACACCGCGGGGCAGCUCUGCGGGGACUGACGCCCUUUACCCUGCAGAGUGCCUUCUCUGUGACAGUCGGCAAUGGAAAAUAAACUGUCACACCUUGUCUGCUGGAAUGGGAGCCGAAGCCCUUCGCUGC